GCCAUUGCUCGCGCAAGACAUUUUUUCGCGUCUUGAAAAAUUAUUGUCUUUUUUACCCAAACAACGUUAAAUCUUUGAAAGUAAAUCCAAAAUGGGUUUACCUGGAAUACCGGAGGAUAAAUUGCCUCCGUGCUGGUCCGACGAUGUGCGUAUGAAUGCGUUAUUUGCACCUUUUCGGAUAAAGACAGCCAACCCCGAAUCUUGGGACAUGAAGAUGAAAUUCUGGAGUGAUAUGUUGAGACAGUGGUGUAAAUGUAAAAAGGAUCCGAUAAUAUCUGCGGCGGACGCUAAAUUCUCGUUUCAGCGCAAAGGUCGCACGCCAGCGUGCAUCGAUAUUGUUGUUGAAGAAUUGUGUCGGAGCGGAGACCUGUCCCCUCUCUCCAAAUACCAGCAGAUCCUCCACAACGGCCCAGAAGGUUGGGUCCGCUGGGGAGCCCGGCUGGCCUUCAAGCCAGCAGCGUUCGCUCUGACCGCUGUCUCAUCGUUACUGCCUGGUCGACAGAGUUUGGAUAAUGAUGGGCUGCCCAAAGCCAGUAUCGAUUCUACUCAACGAUGGGUGGUGGAGAGCGCUGUGAAGGAGCAAGCCACAGAGCUCCUCAACUCGUACCCUUCUCACGAGGAGCGCAUCGGCACCAUAGACGAGCUCAUGAAGAACUGCGCCUGGCCGGGCAGCCGGGAGACGUUUGAAGUGCUGCUCGGGUAUCUAGUGGCUCAAGGUGCGGCUGUGAAGAAGGAUGAGAUCGUUAAGAUUGCACAACCGGACAAGAAAGCAACACCAGUUACGGAGACAGACGAAGCGCUGGUCAAACUGAUGACAGCUGAAAGCCGAUUGGGGGCGGAGCUAACGCGGCUCGCGCGUGACGUCACUUCCGCCGAAAGCGACGCGCGCGCAGCGUUACAAUUAGGCAAUAAACUUGCUGCCAAGAACCAUCUCCGCAGGAAACUCAAGGCUCAACAACGCGCCACCCGCUGCGAAUCAACCUUAGAGAAUGUCCGCCAUUUGCUACAGCAAACUAGAGAGGCGGAUGUCAACGCUGCUAUCGUCGACACCUACAAAACCACAGCGGAUGCUAUGAAGCGCGGAAUGAAGGAGGGUGGACUGGAAGAAGAUGCCGUUUACGACACCAUCGACGAACUGAAAGAGGUCAUGGACACAUACAACGAGGUGGAGAAAGCCCUCAGUUCCACGGUGGAAGAAUAUGACGCCCAAGAGUUAGAGGAUGAGCUGAAGGAACUGCUCGCAAAGCCCGGCCCUCCUGGAGGAGGCACCCCAGGAAAAGAAGAGAAGACAGAAAAACCAAAAGAGAAAACGCGCAAAGAGUCCGAACGCGACUUCGUUUUUGACGGCGAGGAGCGUAUACUGGCAGAAUUAGAACAACUGGACGUGGAGCACGGAAGCCCUAAAGAGAAGAGAACAGAAGAGAAGAAGAAAAUACCCGUCACUGAGGAGUGGGAGACUGAACUGGUUAAACCGCAGCCCAAAUCAACGAAGCCAUCUCAGUCGUGGUACCCGCCGUCAACGCAGAGCCUCCGCCCCGAGACAUGGAAUAAUAACCUGGACUCCGGCGAGAUGCGCCAGGACCACCGGAUACACCCGGGUCAGCCCCUAAACAUAGACUUCACGACGCCCCCAAGACUAUACAACUCGGACUUCCAAGUGCGCGACCAGAAGUUCAAAGAUGGCGUCUGGCUCUACAACACUAGGGAUGCCAACAGCAAUGUGGAUAGUGAACUGGGCGCUAGCACGGAGUACUUCAGGUGGGUGAUGAUGAUGAUUAUAAUGCUGAAGGGUCUCUAA